AUGGUGUCAAGCUGCAGUUAUUAUGUAGCCUUAACACUACUGUUUCUAGGUAGCUUGUCCUAUGGACAAUAUGGUAUCCAGAGUGUUAGUUUUUUAGUUUUACCUCAUAGAUAUGACUGUGGAGAACACAAUAUGCAAUUAUUAGUUCAUCCUAAGCCAAGCCAUUCUGUCCGCUUUAAAGUUGUGGAUGAAUUUGGAAAAAUCUUUGAAGUUACAAAUUGUUCAAGCUGCCUUCAUUGGGUAACAGUCAGUGAAGAUGGAGCAGUAUUUUCUGCUGGGUACCAGGGUUGCCAUGUGUAUCACAAGGAUGGGCACAACUACCUGAAGGUUCGAGUAGAAGAACUGACAAUAAAUGGAAAUGUUGCUGCUUUUCAUGAUAUCAACAUGGUCUGCCCUAAACCUGAAGAACAAAUCUUGACACCAGAGGAUGGCAUGCGGCUUGGGCCCCAGCCGGUGUACCCAGGCCUGGUGCGCCCUGUACCUGCUCAGCCCCAUCCUGCCCUGGUGCGGCCAGUAUCUGCUCAGCCCCAACCAGGCCUGGUGCGCCCUGGGCCUGGUCAGCCCCAGCCUGGCCUAGUGAGGCCAGUGCCUGCUCAGCCCCAACCUGGUCUGGUGCACCCAGUGCCUGCUCAGCUCCAGCCUGGUCUGGUGCGCCCAGUGCCUGCUCAGCCCCAACCUGGUCUGGUGCGCCCAGUUCCUGCUCAGCCCCAGCCUGGCCUGGUGCGACCAGUUCCUGCUCAGCCCCAACCGGGCCUGGUGCGACCAGUGCCUGCUCAGCCCCAGCCUGGUCUGGUGCGCCCUGUGCCUGUUCAGCCCCAGCCUAGCCUGGUGCGACCAGUGCCUGCUCAGCCCCAACCGGGCUUGGUGCGUCCCGUGCCUGGUCAGCCCCAGCCUGAUCUGGUGGGGCCAGUGCCUGCUCAGCCCCAACCAGGCCUGGUGCGCCCUGUGCCUGCUCAGCCCCAACCCGGUCUGGUGCGCCCAGUGCCUGCUCAGCCCCAGCCUGGCCUGGUGCACCCUGUGCCUGCUCAGCCCCAACCCGGUCUGGUGCGCCCAGUGCCUGCUCAGCCCCGGCCUGGCCUGGUGAGGCCAGUGCCUGCUCAGCCCCAGCCUGAUCUGGUGCGACCAGUGCCUGCUCAGCCCCAACCGGGCCUGGUGCGCCCAGUACCUGCUCAGUCCCAGCCUGGCCUGGUGCGACCAGUGCCUGCUGAGCCCCAACCGGGCCUGGUGCGCCCCAUGCCUGGUCAGCUCCAGCCUGAUCUGGUGAGGCCAGUGCCUGCUGAGCCCCAACCAGGCCUGGUGCGCCCUGUGCCUGCUCAGCCCCAACCCGGUCUGGUGCGCCCAGAGCCUGCUCAGCCCCAGCCUGGCCUGGCGAGGCCAGUGCCUGCUCAGCCCCAGCCUGGUCUGGUGCGCCCAGUACCUGCUCAGCCCCACCCUGGUCUGGUGCACCCAGUACCUGCUCAGCCCCAGCCUGGUCUGGUGCGACCAGUGCCUGGUCAGCCCCAACCGGGCUUGGUGCAUCCCGUGCCUGGUCAGCCCCAACCUGAUCUGGUGCGCCCUGUGCCUGCUCAGCCCCAACCUGGUCUGGUGCGCCCUGUGCCUGCUCAGCCCCAACCGGCCGUGGUGCGCCCUGUGCCUGGUCAGCCCCAACCUGGUCUGGUGCGGCCAGUGCCUGCUCAGCCCCAACCGGACCUGGUGCGCCCUGUGCCUGGUCAGCCCCAACCUGGUCUGGUGCGACCAGUGCCUGCUCAGCCCCAACCAGGCUUGGUGCGUCCUGUGCCUGCUCAGCCCCAACCUGGUCUGGUGCACCCAGUACCUGCUCACUCCCAACCAGGCCUGGUGCACCCUGUGCCUGGUCAGCCCCAGCCUGCCCUGGUGCGCCCUCUGCCUGCUCAGCCUCAACCAGGCCUGGUGCGCCCUCUGCCUGCUCAGCCUCAGCCGCCGCAGCCGGGGCUGGUUCACCCAGUGCCUGGUCAGCCCCAACCUGGUCUGGUUCGCCCAGUGCCUGGUCAGCCCCAGCCUGGCCUGGUGCGCCCUGUGCCUGCUCAGCCCCAACCUGCCCUGGUGCACCCAGUACCUGCUCACUCCCAACCAGGCCUGGUGCACCCUGUGCCUGGUCAGCCCCAGCCUGCCCUGGUUCGCCCUCUGCCUGCUCAGCCUCAACCAGGCCUGGUGCGCCCUCCGCCUGUUCAGCCUCAGCCGCCGCAGCCGGGCCUGGUUCACCCAGUGCCUGGUCAGCCCCAACCUGGUCUGGUUCGCCCAGUGCCUGGUCAGCCCCAGCCUGGCCUGGUGCGCCCUGUGCCUGCUCAGCCCCAACCCGGUCUGGUGCGCCCUGUGACUGCUCAGCCCCAGCUGCCCCAGUCUGGCCUGGUGCACCCAGUGGCUCCUCCACCCCAGCCUGGAUUUGUGCGCCCAGUGCCUGCUCAGCCCCAGCCACCGCAGCCUGACCUGGUGCGCCCAUGGUCUCAGCUCUAUCCUCUAAUAUACAACAUAGGCACACAUUUAACAAUGGAACAAUGUCGAGUUCUGAGCAGGAAAAUCCCCUGUGCAGAUACCUAUGAUCAAGCAACUUGCCAUCAAGCUAGGUGCUGCUAUGAUGACAGUGACUUUAGUACCCCUUGUUACUAUGGAAACACAGUCACUGUUCAGUGCCUUACGGAUGGCCACUUCAUCCUGGUUGUCUCUAGGGACAUGUUGGACUACCCAGUUGACCUUGACACUGUUAAGUUAUCUUAUGCCCAAGCAGGGUGUGACCCUGUCAGGAGAACAGAGGCUUUCCUUGUCUUCCGCUUCCCCCUGACUCAGUGUGGCACAACAGUACAGCUGAUUGCUGACAAACUAAUUUAUGAAAAUCAACUGAUCUCUGGCAUUGAUAUCCAAGAUGGGCCAGAUGGAUCCAUCACCCGAGACAGCACAUUCAUUCUCCAUGCCCGCUGCGUCUACAAUGCCACUGACUUCCUGCCAGUCCAGGCUGAAGUCCUCUUGCCUCCCAUUCCAGUUCCGAUUUCCCAGAUGGGACCUCUCCGGCUUGAACUGCGCAUUGCUACAGAUGCCAGUUACACAUCCUAUUACUCAGACAGCGAUUAUCCUGUGGUGAAAGUACUCAGGGACCCUGUGUAUGUGGAAGUUCACAUCCUGCAGAGGACGGACCCAUCCUUGGUUCUGGUUCUGCAUGACUGUUGGGCUACUCCCAGUGCUAAUCCCCUUGAGCAGCAGCAGUGGCCGAUCCUGGUGGAUGGGUGCCCAUUUGAAGGAGACAACUACAGAACCCAGCGGCUGCCCCUGGAGCCUACCUCAUCUGAGAUGUCUUUUCCAACUCACUACCAGCGUUUCAUCAUUUCUACUUUCACAUUUGUGGAUUCUGGCUCUCAAGCGGUGCUCAGUCAGUUGGUAUACCUCUUCUGUAGUGCAUCAGCCUGCUACCCUUCCCAGUUUGAGCCUUGCAGAUCAACAUGCAGCACUAGAUCUUCUCCAAGAGGCCGCAGGUUUGUGAACCCGGUGAAUAGGACGACAGAGCCCUUGGAUUUGGCAAGCUCUCAUGGGCCUGUGAUCUUUGCUGAGGAGACCAAGGAGCCAUUGUCUAAUAGGUCAGAACUCCAAACAGAUUUUAACUCCGUUAUCUUGGGGUUUCUUUCUGUGGCAGCUGUGUCUUCUGUGGUUGUAUUGCUGAUCAUGGUCUGGAGAUGGAACCAUAAAAGAUCAUGA